AUGGCGCUGGCGGACGACCCCCCCGAGGUGUGGGUGGUGGACGUGGGGCGCGACCGCGAGGCCACCAAGGACGCGCUCGUCACGGCCGUCAAUGACGCCACGGCCGUCAUUUAUCGCGUGCUGCUGCGACUCGUCACCACUGGCGCCUCGCCGGUUGGCGCAGGGCAUGCAGCGGGAGGCGGAGCGGCGGGAGGAGUAGGCGAGGGUGAGAAGGGUGCAGUGGGUGAGGAAGAGCGGGACUCGCCGCAUGCGAUGCUGCUGCCGUACAAAGAGUUUGCAGAGAAGAUGGACGUGGCGGCGGACACGUUCGUGGCCCCCACGGACAAGCGCGAGAGGGCGCUGUGCCACGCCGUGCUGGCCGGGGAGGCCUCGCGCCUCUACAUUGGCCAGCGCAAGAAGCUGUUCAGCAAGAGUUCAAACCUACCGGCAUACUGUGCAAAGCACCUGCCAUACACAUGCGACAUCAUAGUGGUGCAGGCCGGCCGCAAGGUCAAGCACUUGCAGGGCGUGCUCUCCCCUGACACCCUCGCCCCACCCGCCCCUAGAGCCUCUGCUGCUGCUGCCGCCGCUGCUGCAUCUGCUGCUCCCGUUCCUGCGUCUGCUUCCGCUUCCGCUUCUGCCUCCCCCUCUGCGUCUGCAUCUCCUGCUGCUGCCAAGGCAGGAGGCGUGAGCGCGCUUCUGAGCCGCUCUGCAUCGUCCCGCUCUCCCUCCUGCAGCCCGCCUCUCUCCCCGUCCGCUUCGGGCCCCUCCCCCGCACAGCCGCGCAUGCAGAGAGGGAGGAGCCUGGGCCGCGGCACGCUAGGGGCAGGGCCUAGACUCGCAGAGGGGGAGGUGGGGGGGCUGGCGCAGGUGGAAGAAGGGCAUGAGGGGCGAGGGGCAGCAGGGGGGCGGGACGGGCGGGAAGGUAUGGCACAGCUGUUGAACGAGAGUAAUGUUCCUCACGGCAAGCAGGCAGCGCGUCUGGAUACCGCUGCUGCCUCUCCUGCUGCUGCUGCCGCUGCUGCUGCGGCAGCAGGCAUGGUGGUAGGUCCGUCAGCGGAUUCUGGGGCAGCAGCGGCAGCAGGGGCAGCAGGGGCAGCAGGGGCAGCAGGGGCGUCAGGGGCAGGCGGCACAAGAGGGGUUCCGCCCCAGGCGUUGGACCUGAGGCACCUCGUGCUGGCGCGCAAAGAACUGGCCGCCCUGGCGUUUGCUCAGGCCGCCGCCACCACAGGGGGGGACGCUGGGGAGGCAGGGGGCGGGGGAGGGCGACGGGGAGGAGGAGGAGGAGGGGGAGGAGGAGGAGGAGGAGGAGGAGGAGGGUCCAUCAUUGGAUGGGAGAGCCCGGGGCCUAGCGGGGGGCAGCAGCAGGGCUUCUCUUCUGCCACAAGCUCGGCAGUGAAUUCCCCACGGCUCAAGCGUGCUCUCUCUGCUAGUUACUCCUCUGCUGCCUCCUCUGGUCUCACCCCAGGCCUCACCCCCGGCACAGGCUCUCCCGCCAUGGGCUCUCCUGGCAUGGCCAUGGGAGUCUUUGGGUUUGCCUCUCCGUCUCCUGGCAGCAGCCUUCUGAAUAGCCCUUCUGUGGCGUCCCCGCUUGCGCGGGCUGUUGCUGCUGGCGGCUUUGCUGGUGUGCCUCCUGCCGGGUUUCACUGGGGCUUGCAGGUAGCACUGCAACAGCAGCAGCAGCAACAGUUGCAUCGGCUGAGCAAUGUGGGUGCUGCUGCUGCUGCUGCGGCUGGUGGAGAUGCAGCAGCAAUGGAAGGAGUGGAUGAGGAGUGGAGCAGUGGCAGGAGCAGCGGCAGGAGCAGUGUGGGGGCAGGGAUGGGUAGGGAGGAGUUGAGGUCGGUGGCUGGUGGUGACACAGGCGGUGUGCUUGGGGGAGAGGUGGGUCCUUUUGAGGUGCAGGGUGUGGGCGAGGGGCAAGGGGAGAAGGGUGGCCACACAGCCGCGCACCUCCCCCCACACUCUCUCCCCCCGUCCGUCCCACCGCCACCACACCAGCCCCCGUUCCCGAUCCCCUUCUCCCCAUCCUUCCCUUUCGCCAUGCAGCACUCGCUCUCUCUCCCAGCGUCCGUGCCCACGUCCCUGCCAUCCAUGGGCGUGCCAGCCGGCGCGAGGGAGCGAGCAGAGGUGCAGGUACUACUGGUGGAGCUGGCACGCGUGCAGCAGCAGGCGCGGUCUGCACAGGAGGCAGCAGAGAGAGCGGAUCGCGAGGCGAGGGAGGCGAGGGAGGAGGCUCGGAGGGCUGCGGAGAGUGCUGCAGCGGAGGCGGAGAGGAGGAUGAAAGCUGAGAUGGAACGAGAGGUGGCGAAGAGGAAGGCGGAUGAGGAGUCGAAGCGGGCCGCAGCAGCAGAAGCAGAGGCAGAGCGCGUGCGGCACGAGGCAACCGAGCUGGCAGCAGCAGCGUCCGCCACUCUCGCCAAAGCACAGGAGCAAUACGCACUCAGCCGACAAGUGCAGCAGCAGCAGCAGCUACAGCAGGAGUUCAGAGAGUAUAGCAUUGAGGAGCUGGCGCGUGCGUGCGACAUGUGGGACGAGGAGAACCUGGUGGGCGAGGGCGGGUACGGCACGGUGUAUCGCGGCAUGCUGGAGCACUGCCCUGUGGCCGUCAAGUGCCUCAAGACCGCCAACAGCAACCAGGCUCUGAAAGAGUUCAAGAAGGAGAUGGACGUGCAGAGGGGGCUGCGGCACCCGACGGUGGUGCUGCUGAUAGGGUGCUGCCACGACCCGCCGUGCCUGGUGUACGAGCUCAUGCCGCACGGCUCGCUGUACGACCGCCUCGUGUGCGACCAGGGCUCGCCCCCCCUGCCCUGGAACCACCGCUUCAAUAUCUUUGAAGACACCUGCAAGGCUCUCAUUCACCUGCACAACCGCCACCCCGCCAUCGUGCAUCUGGACCUGAAGCCAGCCAACAUCCUCUUAGACGGCAACAUGCGGGCAAAACUCGGUGACGUAGGUCUAGCACGCUUCAUGGUGGGCAUGGACAGCGGCAAGAGCUUCAUACAGCAGUCCGUGGCCGUGGGCACGUUUGGCUACGUGGACCCGCACUUCCUGCGCACGGGCCAGUUCAGCCGCGAGUCCGACAUCUACUCCCUCGGCAUGGUUCUCCUCGACAUGCUCCGCGGGAUCGACACCUCUAAGAAACCCGCCGGAGGCGGAGGGGGAGGAGCAGGGGGAGCGGCGCGGCGGCACGUGGGGGACCGGAUGGCGGCGUUGGAGGGGCUGGAGGCGUGUGUGGCGGCGGGGGAUGUGGAGCGGCUGCAGGGGUUGCUGGAUCCGACGGCUGGCACGUGGCCGCCGGGGAUUGCGAUGCGGCUGGUGGAGAUCGCGCGGCGGUGCGCAGCGUUCAAGCGCAAGGAGCGGCCGGAGCUGUCGCGAGACGUGAUGGCGAUGCUGGCCGAGAUGAAACCCGCUGUCAUGCGCGCUGCCAAGCAGCAGAGGGACCUGGGUCUGCUCAAAGAUGACUCGUGGGGUGGCGGCGGAGGUGGUGGUGGUGGUGCUGGUGGGAUGGGGGUGCCUGGGCGAGGUGGGGGCGGUGCAGUGGGGAGUGCGACGACGCGGUCGGGCGUGCAGGUGCCUGAUGGGUUCCGAUGCCCCAUUACCAUGGAGCUGAUGCAGUGGCCAGUAAUAGCAGGGGACGGGCACACGUACGAGCGGGCAGCCAUGCAGCAGUGGCUACAGCAGCACUCCGUGUCCCCGCGCACGGGGCGGGCCUUACCGCACACGCACCUGCAGGACAACCUGCUCGUGCGCUCCCUCAUUGCUGACUGGGUCGCCUGCCAUGGCGGCCUGCUGCUCCGGUCGGAGGUGCUGGAGGAGGGCUGCUCAGAAGGCCCCUCGGAGGAAGGCGGUGACACAACGGGGUACGCGGAGGGCGAGGGGGACGAGGAGGGGGCGCAGGACUGGGCGUCCUAUGUGGAGGAGCUGGGGGAUGACCUCCUCCUGCAAGGCGCUGGCCUGCCGCUGGGUAUUCACAGUGAAGUGUGUGUCCCGGGCGAUGCCAGUAUGCCAGGAACAAACGGUGCAGAUGGGCUCCCUGCGGUUGGCGCGCCUGCAGCCCACAAGGUGAAGGAUGCGGCUUCAGUGUGA